GCUGGUCCUGCCUUAGACGAUCGGUGGCCAACGAGGUAAUCGGACACGUAACCUUUCGAUUUUGAGUUGCCUCCAGUGAAAAGGAAUACCAAGAACAGGAAUAACCGGUGGAAGAAGCAACGGGAAAAGUUUUCCGAAUUGAAAAUUCGCCUAGAAAAGAUUUCAAAAGAUGAGCGCUGAACCAGGAAAAGAUGGAGGUCCAGAUGGACUUGCACCACCCACGGGAGAGCCAAAUGCCGAUGGAAUCGUUGGUGGACCAAGGACUCCUCAGCAGAUUGCAGCACAGCGGCGACUUCAGCAGACGCAAUGCCAGGUCGAUGAGGUCGUGGAUAUCAUGAAAACCAAUGUAGAGAAGGUGCUGGAGCGAGAUCAGAAACUAUCGGAGCUGGAUGACCGAGCCGAUGCCCUGCAGCAAGGUGCUUCCCAGUUUGAACAGCAAGCUGGCAAGCUGAAGAAUAAAUUCUGGUUGCAGAAUCUUAAGAUGAUGAUAAUUAUGGGUGUUAUUGGUCUUGCCGUUCUCGGACUACUUGUGUUGAAAUUUAUGCCCGCUGAGCAACCUCAGCAGCCGAUGAUGAUGGCUCCGCAGAUGCCGAUGCAGCAGAUGCCAAUGCAGGUCCAGCAGGGUGGUCAGGCGGCUCCGGCAGCACCCGCUGGUCUCGUACAAGACGUCGCAGCGUUAGUUUCCAGCCAGCGUCGAAUCGUGAAUUAAUACCGACAAUCUGGCGAGCGGGGAAUCAAAGCGAUUUGAAGUUGUUUAGCUAAAAGUAUAUGAAAAUACAACUACAGUUUCGUCAGAGAACGCAGAACAAUUUUAAUUAAAAACAUGUAACGUUCUAAAAAUAAACAAAACUUUUCCUUCAUAAUACUUCAAAUACAAUUCCACAUACAAUAACAAAAAACCAGUGUUAAAACAAUGAGCUUUUUAACCUUUUUCUGCGGUGCAACCAGAUUGAUUUUCAAUGUAAAUACGAUUUCAGUUGAAAUUUGCCUGAAUAUACAGCACAAGGUUAGGUAUUGCACUCUUCGCGUGAAACAUUACUUGAAAGGUUAUCCUAAUAGUCCAUGCCAUUGGUUACUUAGUAACACGCCUAUUAAGUUUGAUUCUGCAGAACUAGGUUGUUUGGUUACAAAAUCAUCGAAUAAAUGUAUACUUAUAACGUUAUUGAAAUCUAAGAUGUCACAAUUGGAAGAUGGAGAUUUUUUCGUGGAAAACAACACCCAUAGGUAAACAAGCAAUCAUGCACAAAUUGCAAAACAUCAAACAUGUUUCUGUUGACAAACUAAUGAAAUUGCGAACGGCAAAUAAGCAAGCAAAAUACUGUAAAGUUCCAACGAAAUAAGCGAACACAAUUCCAUACUAUAACACGUUGCUUUGUUUGUUGAGGAAAAGUAUAAGAAUAAAAUAAAAAAUAAAACAGUUAUAGAAUUGAAGUUUAUGGAAACACAAAUUUACCAUAGAACACAGUAACUAAACAAUGCAGACAAAAGAUAUUAGAGCGAUAUAAUCAUUAACAUGCGAAUUCAAGGAUCAAUUUGGUAGUCAGAGUUUGUUUUACCAUUUCAAUACCAGCUCUUUCAUAGUUGUGAAGAGUCUUAGUAGCACCUUCAACCACGUGGCGCAGAACAACCCCGACUGGUAUUUUUAUAAGGCAUUAACAGUAUUUCGAGCACGAUUUUUUGUUGAUUGUUGGAUUUUCAAUUGAAGUAGAGUAAUGUGUAUUUUUUGUUCGUCCACCAUAUCUAAUGAAAAAGUGAAAUACUGACUUCAUACCGAAUGAAUCAGGGGUAAAACAACAAUUAUGACAUACUCUAGUAAUAUGCUAUAUUUAGUAAAAAAAAUGGUGUGAUGUCACAAAAUAGUCAUGUUUUCUAAACUACACCAAUUUUCAAUUGAUUUGAUUGUAGUACAUUUUUUAAUCUAAACCAUGUAUUGAGAAUCUAGUAAGUUGAAGUUCUAUGAAUCGUAAUAAAAAGUCACAACUAAUAAUAUUUUUGCCGAGUUUCAAUCAAAUAAUUAUUUUGUAUCACUUAGCCCGAACGUCCUGCGGUAAUCAUCGAUCAAUGGCAAUACAUUAUUGUAGUAUGGGUUUCGGUUGUUUUCCAACUGCAUACGUAAGACAUCGCAAAACAUUUGAUUGAUUAAACAGAAAUUAAGCCAUUCUAUGAAGGCUGGUCGGAAGAACCAGAAAGAGAUUGAGAAAAAAUCACCCGUAAGUAGAACCCAGCGGAAGGAUGUAGAAAGCAAGCAGAUACACGACUUUUCAAAUUUGAAACAAUUAGAAAUAUCCAGUAAAUUGUAGCAAACAAUUGUGAAGGAGAGUAUAAAUUACAACAAAUAAAUGAUAUUUGAUCAAUACCUAAAUAAA